AUGUCCGACUCAUCAGCCCCUCCUUCUCCCGGGAUCAUCCACGAAUUCGCCAGAGAUCGGGGUGAGCAUGGCCAUGCCCGGCAUGGGCAUCAGAAUGGAGACGCGGUGCACUCUGCCCCGCCGACAAUAUACGUCCCGCCGCAGUAUCUGCCUGGAGGGAAGAGAUCACUUUCAGGCGUUGCAAUCAGAGCCUUCGGGCUGGGCAUCGGGCUGGGCGUGUCGCUCAUCCUGACUCUGGGUCUGGCCUACUGGGGCUACGGGUUGUGGAGGGCUCCGUGCUUUGUUGCAACACUUGCAUUAUUCCAUUAUCUAGAAUUCGACAUGACGGCACGCUACAACUCGCCCGACGCGUCCAUCUCGUCGUUCCUACUGUUGUCCAAUGGCGUGGCCUACGCGGCCGCCCACACAGUGGCGAUGCUGGAGUUGUUCGUCCGAUACUGGCUGUACUCCGACUACAAGCCACGGUGGUUGACGUUGCCCUUCCACGUUCCAAAAGUCUUGCCGACGGUCUCAUCCUCGCUAACCGUCGGGUUGGGGCUACUCUUCAUUUUUGUUGGCCAGCUCGUCAGAAGUGCUGCCAUGAAAAAGGCCAGGACAAACUUCAACCAUGUGGUCCAGUGGACCAAAAGGGCAGACCAUACCCUGGUGACCGACGGCGUCUAUGCCUUCUCGAGACAUCCGUCGUAUUUUGGCUUCUUCUGGUGGGGGGUAGGCACACAGAUAUUGCUGGAGAAUCGGAUCUGCUUCGUAACGUACGCGGUGGUACUGUGGAAAUUCUUCCACCAUCGGAUCAUUCACGAAGAACGACACCUCGUCUCAUUCUUUGGUCAGGAUUAUCUCGAAUACCGCAAACGCACGCCCGUUCGAAUACCGUUCAUUCGAUGA